AUGCUCUUUGACAAUAACAAUGUCUGGAACCAGGAACGAAAAGGAAGUCCAAGCAAUGGAUUGUUCGGAAAACUCAAGAGAAGUGGGACGACCACCACGUCGGUGGGGCUUUUCAAUAACCCUAACUUUGCUACUGCUGCUGGAUUCGAACAAGCCGCCAGUGACACGAUAGAACGCGCACAAUUGAUUGUAGAACGAAUAUGGAGAGCACCAGAAAAUGGAGAGAAUGAAAUGAGAAAGGUAGUCAAGAACCUGGACCGACUUUCAGAUACUCUUUGUUGCGUUAUUGAUAUGGCCGAAUUCAUCCGCAACGCCCAUCCUGACCGAACGAUUUUGGAUGCUGCCAACAACGCCUACAGUACUUUAUGCUCUUACAUGAACACACUAAACACAGAUACUAGACUUCACAAGGUGCUCAGUAUGGUUAUGAGGGACCAAACCAUUGUAGCACAAUUCACUCCAGACGAAAUUAUGACUGCCAAAGUCUUUUUGAGAGAUUUCGAAAAGUCUGGUAUUCAUUUACCUAACGAACAGCGGUCCCAGUUCGUUGGCCUUUGCGAUGAAAUUAUACAACUUGGUCGAGCAUUUGUUCAAAAUAAUCCAAGGUCCAUUCGACAAAUUAAAGUUGAACCAUCACGGUUAAAUGGGCUUUCUUCCUCAACUAUCAAAUCACUUACACAUUCUGACGGUCAUGCAUACAUCGGUACAGACUACACCGAAAGCCAUGCUAUCCUCAAAUACGCUAAAGACGAGGAUGUUCGCCGAGAAAUGUAUCGAGGGAUGAAUUCUGCGACCGACGAAAGUGUCAUGAUAUUGGAAGCAUUGAUGAGACGGAGAGGAGAGCUAGGAGAGCUCGUUGGCAAGGAAUCGUAUGGGCAUUUGCAGCUUCAGGACAAAAUGGCGAAGACACCAGAAAAUGUUGAUGCCUUUUUGAACACUCUUGUGAAACACCAGCAACCUGCUGUUGAUGCGGAUGUUCAGCUGUUGAAAGCAGCCAAAGCUAAAAUAACUGGAUCGAAGGAACCAGUGGAGAUUAUGGCAUGGGAUCGAGACUAUUACAUGAAUAUACUUUCAGCAUCUUAUCAGGCAGUUCAUCCCAGCCUACCAAUUUCGCCUUAUUUUUCGGUUGGAUCGGUUAUGCAAGGUCUAUCCAGAUUAUUCAAAAACAUGUAUGGAAUUCAUUUUGAACCCGAUUCCAUCAAUCCGGGAGAGACAUGGCAUUCUCAAGUUCGCAAAUUAAAGGUGGUGUGUGAGAAUGAAGGCACUAUUGGUACAAUGUACUGCGACUUAUUUGCUCGAAACGGAAAAGGAACGAAUGCCGCACAUUAUACGGUGCGAACUUCGCGUCGAGUGGAUGAUGAUGAUGCUAUCAACGACCUCGCCUACGCCGAUCCAUCACAACGGGAACGCAUACACGCAACUUUGGAUACAAGCAAUGGAGCGCAAAUACGUGGUCGCCAAGGACUUUAUCAACUACCCGUAAUUGUUUUAACAUGCGAUUUCCCGACUCCUAGAUCCAAUUCCAUGCCAACAUUGCUCUCGUUUUACGAGGUUGAGACCUUGUUCCAUGAAAUGGGUCACGCCAUGCAUUCCAUGUUGGGACGAACCGACUUCCAUAACGUAGCGGGUACGCGCUGUGCAACUGAUUUUGUGGAGCUACCAUCCAUUUUGAUGGAGCACUUUGUUUCCGAUCCGCAAGUUUUAUCUCUGUUUGCCAGUGACUACCGCACUAGAGAGCCACUUCCAUAUGAAUUGGUGAAGACGUAUCUAGAUCAUCGAAAACGAUUCAGCGGCAUUGAUACCAAUUAUCAAAUCGUCAUGGCUCAAUUGGAUCAGCGGUACCAUUCACCCAUCGCUGUUCAGAAAGAGUUUUCAGCCGCCAAGGUGUGGCACCAGCUUCAAAAUGAAAAUGGCGCCUUUCGCGGUGGAGAAAACUCAAUGUGGCCAACCCAGUUCACCCAUCUCUUUGGAUAUGGAUCUGGAUACUACAGCUACUUGUUCGAUCGUACACUAGCUCGUAGAGUCUGGCAGAGUUGCUUCGAAAAGAAUCCACUUGAUCGCGAAAACGGUAUGCGUUUCCGAGAACAGGUGCUUCGAUGGGGUGGAGCUCGUGAUCCUUGGGAAUGCGUGGCUAGCGUACUGGACGAACGAGAUGCUGCCACUAUUGUUAACGGAGACCAGGCCGCUAUGCGGCAAGUUGGCGAUUGGGGCAUCGACGUAUAG